UUGAAGUUAAAAUGACGGAUUCAAAGGAAGCUGAAGAACUUCGCAAACAAAUUGCUUUCCUCACAAAUCUCAUUAAUAAAGCAAAGCAGAGUGAACCUAAACUGACCGGUUUAUCGACAUAUCCAAGUGAUUCCAGUAGAAAAGCCUGCCGACAUGGACCCCGACAUGACCGUUCAUCUGCCACAAACCAGAAGUCCAGACCAUGGAUAGACGAACAUCACAUGUCAUCCUCGAGUGCAUGCAAGCAGGGUGUUUUGUCUUCCAGUGAUCAGAGACUAGGAAAUACAGCAGAGACUCUGAAGGAACAUCACGAAUCCUCCAAGUAUUCCUUCAGACGAACUCCGCUUCCAACAAGCAGCCAGUCCGUCCCUGGGUCUUUAUCUUCAGUAACAGGAUCUGAAGACUCAACAAAGAACACCUCAGUCCAUUCAGUGUCACAAGCACACAGCAAAUUGCCAGCGUCAAAUCAUAAAAAUUUGCUGUCUGUUAAUUUAUCUAAUAGAAAUUGUAUAUCCACGUCAAAUAUAGUUAAAACAAGUAAUAAUAAUGUAUUGUCUUCUUUUUCUGACAGUGGUGUGAAAAAUGUUAGUGAUGACAGUGGUGGAGGCCCAUCUGUCAUUCAGACUUCAAAACUAUCUUCUAGGUCAUCUCCUGAAAACAGCACAUUUACAUCAAAUACAGUUUCAACAGAUCAAAGGGAAAUAUUAGAACAUUCGGAUAGUAGCAGAAUUAAUAUUGGUGCUGGUACUACUUCAGCUCACAAACAGGAUUCCAAAUCAUUUGCUAGGUUAAGCAAAGAAAACAGUAUAAAUACAUCAAAUAGCAAUGCCUCGGGUGAAAAGAAAAUAUUAACAUCAAGUAGUAGCUUGACAAGUGUCCCUAUUGGCUUGACAUUCAUACAGACUUCCAAAUCAUCUGCCAGUCUUUCGAGUUCAUCCGUUCAAGCAUCAUCAAUAGUUUUGACAAGAACACAGAAACAUGUUCCAGAACAGAAAACCAAAUUACCUGACUUGACAGAUAUUUCAAAAGAGCCGGCUGAAAAGGGAGGGCCUUUGGAAUUGCAGGCAUCAUCAGAAUUGAAGAAUAUUUCAUCUGUAAAUAUUGUCAAAUCUGUAGAAAAAUCUUCAUCAACAGGAAGACAAUUAGAAUCUACUGAUAAAGAAAUUGAUUCAUCAUUGCUAAAAAUGCCAAAGGGUAAACUGCAUGUCCAGCAAAAGGAUACAUUGAAAAUGUGUAAUGAAGAUGUUGGAACAGUGAAGAAAUCUGACACGGAAGAUGCAGUUGGUGCUGUAAGUUCUGCAGAAGAGGAACAAGAGGGUGAACAUCCUCGGAGUGAGAAACAAGAGGGUGAACGUCCUCAGAGUGAUAAUAAUCAGAAAAGAAAAACUUCAGCUUCGUCAUUAUUGCAGUCUGGUUAUGAUGGUGCUGAGCAAGGAAGACUCAUACUCAACUCAUCCAGCUUGUCGGCUAGUGAACGCGUUACCACCAGUAGAGAUGGUGGCAGUAUUGGUACUCACAAACAUUCUUUGUCACGGUUAUUGAGAAGAAAUAUUGCAUCAAGUCGUAAGGUGGAUAUUGUUUCGAAAUCAGAUUCUUCUGAUUGCAAAUUGCAAUCAGAUUUCAUACCACUGUGUUUAUCAACUGAGUCUAAUAUUGCUGUGGUGACAGAUGUAAAUAAUCCAACAGAUUCUUUCAUCUCGUUGGAUACGUCCUCAGGUUCCAGGAUUCCAUUGGUUACCGCAGUAGCUUGCUCCCCUUUGCAUGGUCUUCCAGCAGAUUCUUUUCCAGCAGAUUCUUUUAUUUCUGUGAAUAUGUCGUCAGAUUCCAACAUUCCAUUGACUAUAGCAAUAGAUUCCUCUACCUCUUGUAGUGGUUCAACUGACUCCAUUGUGUCAUUGAAGAUGCCAGUAGAUUCUAGUGUAUUAUCUAUACAACCAUCUGAGUCUGUGAAAUCGGGGAUAGGUUCUAUUACCAAUGGUAAUGCAUCAACUUAUUUAGAGACAGUACAAAAAGAAUCAAUUGUUACAUCAAAUAAGAAUUCCUCUGUCAAUGAGGUCUUGAAGAUCUCUAGUAACCAAAGGUUGGUUUCAGGAAAAUCUUUUCCAUUGGUACAAAAGAUGGCCAAAAAGGCCAAUUCUAAUUCAGCAUCUCCAGUACACAAGCCAUCGCUUCCAAAUCCAUCGUCACCAGUACGCUUGCAAAAGGUCGCUACCCUUAUGUCAGACUUGCAGAAGACGAGGUCAAAAAUAGAACACCUGAAGGAAAACAUUGGUGGAAUACUGCAAAAGAAAUUAAAGGAACUACCAAAAAAAUCAGUGGUUCCAUCUGUUAGUCACAGCAAACAAACAAGACAUAAUGCUAUCAAUAAAAGAAAACUGCUGAAACAGAAAAAGUUACUGAAACAGAAAAAACUACUGGGCAAAGUUUGGGUUAGACAGAAGAGUGUAGAGGACCCAGCAAACAGUUGUGCCAGCGUUGCGACAGCUGGUGUUGUUAAAAGUAAGUAUAGACUUGUGAAAGGACACAAGUCAGCAUCGAAGCACAGUUUGGUUCCAAGUAAAGCAUUCCAUUCCAGCAGUCCGUUUAAAUGUGUCCAACACAGUUUGGUGCCUGUAGCUUCCAACAGUCAGCAUGCAGCUAGGGUGAUUGUUGGGAAGUACAAACUGUCAAAGUCGUUUGUAUCCAGUCCCAGACUUUCAGUCAGCAAUUGUGUUCACGAUCCUCGAGCAAUAAAGAUCACCAGUUACCAUGGCACACAGUUUAGUUCCAAACACCAAUACAGCGUGGACAAGAAUUUACAGUGGACGUUACGCAAAGCCUGGAGUAACAGCAGGAGCAGAGGUUUUAAGUAUAGCGCUGGUCCCUCCUGGAACAAAGGUCACUGGUGGAGCCCCUCCCCCUACCCCCACACGUCACAGAGUACAGCUGACAUUGCCCACAGACUCCACUUGAUCACUGGUCACAAUCGGCUUUCAGCAAGGACUCUGGGAUUAACAAAGACGUCAUCUGGAAAGGACAGCGCCAGUCCUGCUAGACUGGUUUUCAUUCGUGGCAUUCUGUACAAGUCGAGUGGUAACAAGUUAAUAAAGACCGGAAGCAAGUCUGUUGAUCACAGGAAAACAACAAGGAACAAGGCAGCAACAUCUGUGGUGGUGAAAAGAGUGAAUGCUGGUGCCAUGAGAACAAUUUCUGUUCGAGGUGUGAAAUUCCACAUGGAUCCUAGCGGACAUAGUCUUCGGAGAGUUCGCUCAGCUCAAGAACUCAGCUCAAGAACAGCGACUCAUUUACAAAACGUUUUCCCAAAGAUCUGUCGCGUUGACAUCGGAGGUACGACUUACAUACAGACCAGACCUGGUACACUCAUCAAAUCGUCGAGCAUACGCACGAGGGCCAUUACAAGUCGUAUUAAAACUAGGAGUAUUUUAUCAGCAACAGCUAAGUUCCGUAAAGACAACACAAAGGCUGCGAAGAACCUGUGUAAAUUCUACAACAGAUUCGGCAAGUGUCGCCGUGGAAAUGACUGUCCGUAUGUCCACAACCCAGACAGAAUAGCCAUCUGCACGAGGUUUCUGCGAGGAACAUGUAAGAUUCAGGGCUGUCUCUUCUCACACAAGGCCACCAAGGAGAAGGUUCCCGUCUGUUCAUACUUCCUGCGCGGCGUGUGCAGCCGUGACAAGUGUCCGUAUCUCCACGUCAAGGUCAACAAGGAUGCUGCAGUGUGCCCUGACUUCAUCAACGGGUUCUGCCCACAGGGAGAAAAGUGCAAGAAACAGCACACCCGAGUGUGUCCGGUGUUUUCCCGGACUGGAGCCUGUCCCCAGGGGACGAAGUGUAAGAUGACCCACCAGCCUCGCAGAAUACACAAGUCCAAGAAAACUAGAAUCAGCAGUGACCCUGACCCUGACCCUAGCUCUGCCCCUGCUGUCAUUCCGCGUAAGCACUCUGCACGCGAUGCAGGCGUUGAUGACGAUGAUGAUGGAGCUGCUGAAGUCGCGCCUGUGAAACGUCAAAAUCUGCCCUCCUUCAUUUCACUGGAGAGUUACAACGUCGAUGAACUCCUGUCUCCAUCUGUAGUCAAGACCAACGCUAAACACAAAGGUCCAGCUCUUCGUAUCAAGCCGCAGCUUUAACUUCUAACAAGCUGACUGAUUAUAGUGUAAUCUGGUGCUAUUUGUUCACCACUGGUGAGUGUUUUAUUGUGGUGUCUGCUGACUUCUUUCUUUGAAGAUAGAUUCAUUAAAGGCUGUCAUUGUCAAAUAUCAUAAUACAUUUUGCCUUUGAUGUUUCAGUAAUAUUCUAGAUGUGUGUUGGUGAUUGUCAACAGUUAUCAACAUUUUUACAAGUAUACAAUUUUUUAUUUUUUUUAUUUCCCUACCCCUACCCCCUUAUUGUAAGUGUGUGCAUUAUGAAAGUGCUAUUAUAUUUGCUUCUUUUUUUUAAAGCAGACACUGGCAAUAAUCCCCUACCUGUGCCAGUAUACAGUUUAUAUGUUUUUGAACAUGUUGAUAAUUGCUUACUGUCCCUAUGAUUCUUAAUUAUGAGGUAGGGGGGCAUAGAGUCGCUUGUGGUUGUUCA